UAAACAGUGGAGUUUUAUUUAAUAGAGGAGACUGCAAUCUUUGAAAGACUAUUUCUUAAAGCUGUACAUAUUGAAAUAGAAAUUUAAAUGGCUUUGGAUGUUGGUGCAAAAGUUUAUCUAGGGUACGAGGAUGAACAUGUUACAGAGAAACAUCGCAGUCUUAUUAAUUUCACUACGAACAAAAUUGGUGGCAAGCCGGAUUGGCACAAUGAGCAAAUGACAUUAGCUGCACCCCAAUGUAGAUUAUGUGGACUACAUCAACUCUUGGCCUUACAAAUUUAUGCUCCCUUGGAUAAUUCUAAAUAUCAUAGGACCUUGUACAUUUUUGUAUGCACGAAUCCUAAUUGUUGGAAUCAAAACGAAAGUUGGACGUGCCUACGCGUUCAAUCAAUAGAGCAAGCAAGUAAUAUAGCUUUAUUAUCGAGCUCUUGCACGACAGUAGAAACCAGUGCAACCAACUGGGUGGACGAUGCCGAUGAUUGGGGUGACAAUUGGAACGACAACGUUUCAGAAAGGAAUGGCAAUAACUUACUUUUAAACGAGCCUAAUCAAUUCAGUUUGUCCGUAAAAAAUACUAAUUAUGAAGAAGAACUGAAAACUGAAUUUUCAGAAUUACAAGUCGAUGAUCCUAAUGCAAACAGCCCAACGAGUGUGGACUCGCCAGUGGGCGUCGGAGCAGUUGGUCGGUUGGACUCCCCGCAUGCAUCGGCAGAAAUCGAGGGCGAAGAAAGCGAGGUGGUUUGCAUCGACACGCCCACGCAACCUCACUGCGACCUAAUAAAUCUAUUGCAAGAAGUGACCCCGCCACCGGCUCAACAUACCGAGCUCAAGGGCAGGAGCUCCCUUUCCUUCUCCGAGAUAUUCAUCUACGUGGAGGAGGAAUGCACGGGGAACGACGUGCCUCAGCACGUGCGUAAUCUGUUUCUCGAGUACCAGCAAUCGCACUUGGACGUAGUGCCCAGUCAGCCUGGCGAGGGGUCGGGUGACAGCAAGGGGUACGACACUGGCAUUGAGAAGUACGAGAAAGGCAUUCCAAAGCACGGCGACGAAAUGUUCCAUAAUUUUAUUAGUCGAAUACAGAAAAAUCCUGGACAGAUAUUAAGGUACGCAAGAGAUAACUCCGCACCCCUCGUUCUGUAUCCAAUGGGUGGCUGCAUUGGAAGGUGUAGACAUUGCGGAGAUGAAAUGACAUUCGAAUUACAAAUCUUGCCAACUCUCAUACCAAAGUUGAAACUCAAUUCUCGUAGCGACCGGCAUUUUCAAUUGGAAUUCGGCACCAUCCUAAUAUUUACUUGCAUAAGAAGUUGUUGGUCGUCAUCGGACUCUUAUAGAGAGGAGCACGUCGUCGUGCAAGCGGAGAGGCUGUAGCUUAAGAUAUUGCAAUUUUGAAAAUACUUCCAGAGCGCUGCAGAUUAAUUUUCGAACGAGAGACGGCUAAAACUUAACAACGCGUUAUCUUUUUAUAGAAAAAACAAACAAACAAAUAAAAACAAAAACAACAACAACAACAACAACAACAACAACAACAACAAUAAAAACGAGUACCGUCCAUUGUACUGCACACAAGAGCAUUUACAAAUUUCUUAAGGGAGCUACAAAUAUUAUGGACUAUCAUAAAAAGUUAUCUGCAAAUUUUUAACAAAUCAUUAUUUGUUUUGUUUCCAAAAAAUUUGGAAACUUUUUGUAAUAAUAAUCUUGUAACGAAUAAUCCAUAGGAUGCAAUUUCUUUUUUU